AUGAAGCGCCCAAAUGCCGAAUGCUUUGUGAUUGACGAUGAAGAUACGAUGGAGGCUACGGACAAAAAGGCAUUUAUGAAACUUACUAGGGAACCAUCAAUAAAAAGUUCUGCUAGCAUUAAGGUUAAUGAGACAAAGGAUGCUGAAUGCAAGGAACAUGGUGACGGCUCAAAUUACGAAGUUGGGGUGGAAGUCGCUGGAGACAACAAUACCACUGUUUACACAAGUACAAUUUCAAUCAACGACGCUGAUCACAUCCCUAUAUCCCUAGAUUCAGACGAAGAUUCAUCAUUGCGCAGAGCUACAGAAGCUGAUAUUGACCCAAAUAAACUCCCAAUUCAAUUUGAUAACACGACAAAUAACACUGGAAUUUACCAAUCAAUAAAUUCCGUGCCAGAUGAUACUGAACGGGCCGAGGCGCCGGCUACGAAAUUCUUAGACUCCAAUUUGGAUACAAACAAUUUAUCACACAAUAUAAUAAUAAGUGAUGAUUUAUCGAAUAACAACCUACUGUAUAACAUAUCAAUUCAUCCUGAAAUAUCGCAUCCCACAGUACCAUCAUCAGAUCCCAACAACACUUUAACUGCAUCAAACGAGGCGAUUAAUGUAUUGGAAAACGAUAAAAUACAGAUUGCACCCGAGGUUUGCACCAUUGUAUCUUCAAUUUCAGCGGAAUCAGUGGCAUCUGAUGUGGGUUAUGAUAACAUGUAUUCUUCGGGUCAAAUUUUAGGAUAUCAAGAUGAUUUUCUACAAGAAUUUCCACAGUUACCGUGUGAAAAUGUAUCUCAUCCAAUAUUACAAGUUGUAUCCGAUGAAUCUGACGUUGAAAUAGUCGGGGAUAAUGCCGCCGAUAUCAUUAGUGACAAUGUAAUGUACAUAAACAGUGACACACCAACAAUCCAUCAAACAACAAACUCAGAUGAACCGAUAACCAUAAUGACUCCAGACUCGACAAUAGAAGAUAAAUCAGAAUGCCAAAUUGCGGAAGAUAAGGUUAACACUUAUUCUGUUACUAAUAAUGUGGAAAGCACAACGAUUGGGACCAAAAUAGAAAGUGUACAAAAUUUGAAUGCCAUAGAUAAUGCUACAAUAAUUGGUAUGGCAGAUAGCACAGAUGAAAAUUUCAUGGUCGAAACUAUGGAUACUAAAAAUAUAGUGAUGCUGGACAGCGGGUUGGUAAAACCUGCUUGGCUCAGGUCUGGUUGUUUCCAGGGGAAAAGCUGGAAGCAAGUUGCCGAUAUGCUAGGUGAGAUAGUCACACAUUCCACCCUUGAAAGUGAAAAUCUUAGCAUCCUCCGCCAAAUCAUCACCAACCUCAACCGCCAAAACGGACCCACUAACAUAGAAGAACUUAGGACACAAAUUAAAAUGCUUCUCCGUUGA